UCAGAAAAUAGUAACUACAUGUAGUCCAAGGGUUAAAUUAACGGUUGUUCUAUAUACAACCAGUUAAUGUUAUCUGCUAAGUGUAUUGAUUUUGCUGCGUAAAAAUACUUUAUUUAAAUAUUUGAAAGUUAAGAAUGUUGAAAAUGGCGAAUUUACUUGUAAAUAUGUUUGUUAUAUGGAUAUUUUGUACAAAUUAUGUUUUGGUGGAAGAACCAGGAACUCGGGAGGAAACAACUGAGGGUAAAACUCCUGUAUUUUCGCCUGACGAAAGGUACCAGGAUUUAUUUCCCCUGACAAAUGAAAAUUUUACGAAAAAUCUGUUAAGGAACCGAGAUCCAUGGAUACUAAUUUUUCAUGAUGGAUCUGUGGAGAAGGAGUGGAAGACAAUGGCAACACAUCUACGUGGUUUAUGCUGGUUUGGACUUGUAGAUGUUACCGCUGAGAAAGAUUUACUUGAUACACUUGAAUAUGAUUCUUCUCGCGACCUUGCGAGAUUUUAUCCAUACGGUGACAGGAAAACGAAGGAAAGAAACUGGCGUCGAGUAAAUAACCAGAACGAGGCUCGUGUUGAAGCAUUGGCAUCACUUCCGGAUAAAACUCAAAGAAUUUCGGGAGAUAGUAUACGUGAUCUCUUGCUUGAAUCUUUCACCUCACUACCGUCAAAGUUUCCAGCUUAUAUUAUUACGGACGAGGACGAAACACCCACGGUAUUCAAAGCCAUUGCAAAAAGAUUUGAAAAGUAUUUCUUGUUUGGAAGACUCGUUCGCCCUACUAGCGAAGAUUUACAUAGUCUUGGACUAAAAGGCGUGUACAUAAAUCCCCCGGAACUGUUUGUUAUUGUUACCAAGAAUGGAGAAGCUGAUCAGAUUGAUGCUAUCAGAUUUGAAGAAGAAAAAUUUGGAAAAAUGAACUACACAUCUAUUUUACAAUUCUUAUUCGUUAUCAAUGGAAACUUUAGACAUGACCUUCCGGGCAACAAUAUGGCGCAGAAUCAACAGGAAGCGGAAAUGGCAGAUGUCAUACAAAUCGAAGAGAAACGUUUUGAAAUUUUACGUGAUGUAAAAGAACGCUCGAAAGAAAAACCAAGUGUUGAGGACGAAUCAAAUGGUUUUAACAUUAAAAUAAGUAAGCAUGUCGGAUUUAAAGAUGAGCUGUAGAUAAAAAAAGAUAUUUUAUAUACUUAUCGCUGUAAAGGAAAACGUUUGUUUGUCCAUUAUUUCCUUUUCUUUUAAUGUAACGGAACAAAAUGAUUUAACGCAAAAAGGAAUUUCUAAAAUGUGUGUGCAUGUCUCAAGAAAGAGCAAAAGGGACUGAAGUUGAAUUGCAAAGAGUACAGCUGGUUGAUUGGCAUCGUGCAAUUUAUUAAUGGCGUUGCUUCCUGUAACCCUCGAACUACACUUCCCAUGAAAGUGAUAAAUAAUCAUUUACUUAUAUACUUGCAAUUUACUGACAUUCCCAUGAAUAUAUUCAUUUGUACUAAAUAUACGCUGAAAUACAUCUUCGAGUAUUCGGAAAAUGGUCAUGGAAGGAGCGUGCAAUAAAUUUAAAGCAUAUAUAGAUCUACAUGAAUUUACAUAAAAAUGUAAAAAAGUGACUUCAUAUAUUUAUCAAAAGAACCAAACAUAUUUUCUGCGUAUAUUUUAUACCCAGUUUUGCUUGUAUGCACAUACAUCCUAAAUAGUUAACUAUUCAACAGAAAAUUGUCAUCUUUAUAUGUAUCACAGUAAACGUGCAUUAUUUGUUAGUCAUCUAAAUUGUAAAAAAGCACACCUGUAAAAAAUGUAAAAAAAAAGAAGAAAUCGUCUGAAUUAUUUCAACAACCAUGUUAGUGACCUGUUCAUCGAAUUCAACACUUUAAUGUUGCUUUAUAUCAUUUAAUGCUUGACAUGAUAACAUAUUGGUGAUAUAAAUCAUACAUUGAAGCAUGUUUGACCACAACUGUGACUGAUACUCGACCUAUCUAUCGUACGAAUUUUCAUAAUACAGCACGUUUGUAGUGUCGUUUUUUCAUUGAUAAAUCGUGACGUUUAAGUUAACUGUAUACAUGGCUGUUGUCAAUAAAAUUUAAUGAAGUAUUUUCAUUUUUUCCCCAAAAUAAAAAAUAGUAUGUUAUAUAAAAAAAAUAUUAUAAAGAUUCUUGACACCUUAUAUGGCUGUUUUUAAACUGUUGUUUUGCAAUAUAACCCUCGCCUGUCAGCUUUUACUUGCAAACUGCCAUUUUUGUAAAGACCUUACUGGUCAAACAUCUUCAUUAUAUAAAUAAUAAUAGAAAUAAACCUCAUCAAAUGCUGAGCUGUUAACGCUGUGAAUUUUACAGAUACUAAAUUUUAAUAUAUUUACAUACAAUAACAAAUUCAAGUUUUAUCGUAUAGUUUAUAAGGUCAAAUUGUUAUCCGAACAGUAAAUAUGUGUUUUGGUACAGCGCCAAAAUGGUGUGUAUCCAUGUUAUAUUUCAUAAAUAUGUAAAUAUAAAUAAAUAAACUGCGGCAAAACACUGCAAUGUUAAUUUGACUCAACUUAAUUACAUUUAUUUAGACUUACAUAGGAAAACACUUUUAAGUUUUCUCUAUAUAUGAAUUGCAAAAACCAGAGUUUAGAUAUAAGGCAUAUAUCAUCACUCUGUGGUCUUUCACACAAGUGAUUUAACUAAAGCCCCCGGUGUCAAAAAAGGUCCAGUCUUUUUGGCCACUAAAUUAAAAUAGACUUAGAUAGUAAAACAAUAUAUUUGACUUUCAGUAUUUCCUGGGAGACUUCUGUAAAAUUUAUAAAAAUGACAACCAAACAUGACUUCAUUAAUAAUGUUUGCAUUGAAGAAUAUAAAUAUCUCAGGUGAGUGAUCCAGGACCAUCAUGGCUCUCUUGCUUAGAUAAAAGGCUAGACUCAUUGUCGGUUACAUAAUGAUUAAAAAAUGUCACAUUUAUUAACCUUUCCUAAUAUUAAUUUAUCAUAUGUAUCUUUCAUUAUUAACUAUCUGAUGUGUAUGAUUGAUAUAAAUAGUUUUAAAACUCUU